AGAUAGAGAGUGGAAAGAGAAAGAGUUGAAGUAAGAGUAAGCAAAGGCAAAGGAGAAGAAAAAAAGGAAAAAAAAAAAGAAAAGAAGAAGAAGUAAGAGUGAAGAAUAUAGGUAGAGAUAAUAGAGAUAGAGAAAGGAAGAGAUUAUUGUUUUUUGUUUUGAUGCUGUAUUGACUCUGUUGAGAGAUAAGACUUUGAACUUGAAUUGAAAAUUUAUUGCAAUCUGUGUGUCUAAUCAAUUUAUUUAUGAGCUAUAUGUGUUGGUAGCUUCUAGAGAAAAGGGAGGUGAAUGUUGUUGUUGUUGCGGUUGCUUGUUGUUAGUGGAUAAAAUACACAUAUCUGAAGAGGACGAUAGCAAUAGCGUGUGUUUGUGUUUGUGAUUGCGAUUGUGAUUGUGAUUGUUGUUGCAAUGGGAACUCCACCAACGGAUGAACUCGUGAAGAAGAUCCAACAGUUAGAAGAAGGACACGCGCACUUGAAGCAAGAAAUGUCAAAGCUCAAACUCUCCGAUGUGAGGCAUGGACAUCGCCAGAGGUCGCACUCCGUCUCUCCGCAGCGUUCCAGAUUGGGCGCUCCGCCGAGGAGGCGGACUGAUGCGCCGGCAGCUGCGUGGAAGAGAGGUUCGUGUUCCUUCAAACAAUCCUCGCCGCUGCAGAGAGAGAGCCGCGGCGGCGGCGAUCCUCAAAUUCACGGCGGCGGAGGUGGAGGAGGAGAAGGAGAAGGUGCUACUCCGUGCCGUGGUCCUUCCGCGGUGAAUUUCACGGAACGGCAGUAUCUUAAUAUUUUGCAGUCAAUGGGACAGUCUGUUCAUAUAUUGGAUCUUAAUUGUCGCAUAAUAUACUGGAACCGUAGUGCGGAAAAUCUGUAUGGUUAUACAGCAGAGGAAGCUUUAGGGCGGGAUGGGAUUGAGCUGCUUGUAGACCCUAGGGAUUUGGGCUUGGCCAAUGAUACACUUAACCGUGUAAUGAUGGGAGAGAACUGGACAGGGCAAUUUCCGGUCAAGAAUAAGAUGGGAGAGAAGUUCAUAGCCGUAGCGACUAAUACACCUUUCUAUGAUGAUGAUGGAAGCUUAGUUGGGAUAAUUUGUGUCUCUUGUGAUUCACGGCCUUUUCUUGAAAUGAAAGUUCCGAUGUCUGGUGUAAGGAACACUGAGUUAGAAUUGGACUCGGGCGGAACUCGAUCUAGAAGUAGCAUUACGAAUAAACUUGGCAUUGACACUCAGCAGCCACUUCAAGUUGCUCUUGCGUCGAAAAUUUCAAAUUUGGCAUCAAAGGUGAGUAACAAAGUAAAGUCAAGGAUCUGGACGGGAGAAAAUAAUGUGGAUCGUGAAGGUGGAAGCGGUGACAGUCAUCAUUCUGAGCAUAGUUUGUCGGAAUCUGUUCUUUCGGACCAGAGAGAGGAUGCUAAUUCCAGUGGAGCUAGCACCCCCAGAGGUGAUGUGCCACCGUCCCAUUUUGGUGUGCUUUCUCACGGCGAAGAAAAAUCUCAGGGAAAAUCUUCGAGAGGGUCUGGUGACGAGAGUGAAGGAAAAUCUAUUCACAAAAUCUUACCUGCUAAGGCUGAAGCCUGGAUUCAAAGGAAAACAUUAUCAUGGCCAUGGAGAACAAAGGACCGAGAAGGUUCAGAUGGAUCAGAGGGAACCAAUGUUCGUGUUACUGGACCCUGGAGACAGAAUGAUCGAGAAAAUGAAUCAGUUAAUCAGAAGAUUCUGUCUUCUGGCUUGAAGCAAGAAAGCCAGGGAGGUGAAAGUAAUCGCCCUAAUAACAAUGAAGUUUCAGGAUCCUGGUCCUCCUUUAAUGUUAACAGCACAAGCAGUGCCAGCAGCUGUGGGAGUGCUGGCAGUUGUGCUGUCAAUAAUAAAGUGGAUGUGGACACUGAUUGCUUGGAUUAUGAAAUUUUGUGGGAGGAUCUGACAAUUGGAGAACAAAUUGGGCAAGGUUCUUGUGGAACUGUAUAUCAUGCUCUGUGGUAUGGAUCAGAUGUUGCCGUUAAAGUUUUCUCAAAGCAAGAAUAUUCAGAUGAUGUGAUAUUGUCCUUCAGACAAGAGGUGUCUGUAAUGAAAAGACUUCGUCACCCAAAUAUUCUUCUCUUUAUGGGGGCCGUGACUUCACCUCAACGUCUCUGCAUCGUGACAGAGUUUCUCCCACGUGGAAGCUUGUGCCGCUUGUUACACAGAAACACUUCUAAACUUGACUGGAGACGGCGAGUUCAUAUGGCCUUGGAUAUUGCACGGGGCGUAAAUUAUCUUCAUCAUUCUAACCCACCUAUCAUCCACAGAGAUUUGAAGUCUUCAAAUCUUCUAGUUGAUAAGAACUGGACUGUGAAGGUUGGUGAUUUUGGUCUUUCACGAGUUAAGCAUGAAACAUAUCUCACAACUAAGACUGGAAGGGGCACGCCCCAAUGGAUGGCACCCGAAGUCCUUCGUAAUGAACCCUCCGAUGAGAAAUCUGACGUUUACAGCUUUGGAGUGAUACUAUGGGAAAUUGCAACUGAAAAGAUACCUUGGGAUAAUCUCAACUCAAUGCAGGUGAUUGGAGCUGUAGGAUUCAUGAAUCAACGGCUAGAAAUUCCAAAAAAUGUCGAUCCGCGGUGGGCUUCUAUAAUUGAGAGCUGCUGGCACACCGAUCCAGCAUGUCGGCCAACGUUCCCGGAACUGCUUGAAAGGCUUAGAGAGCUGCAAAAACAGUAUGCCAUUCAGUUCCAGGCAACACGAUCCGCCAGCAAGGAAAGCACCCAAAAAGAGACGUAGAAAAGCCUGGAGCCAUUUUUUUCUGAUGGUUAAUGAUUUUUUUUGCAUAUAUUUUACCAAAACUGGUGGAGUAGAUGAGUUAGUACAAACAAACAGCUGGUCUUGGAACUUUGUAGCAUAGCUGAUCUGAGUCCUUCAUCAACAUUUGCCAAGUUAUUUUGAAGAAGGUGGAUUACUGAUAAAAGAAACGUGGGGAUUGCCAAACUUUUGAUAGUGAUUGGGUCAGUCAUCUUAUUUUUCUCUUGUGGCAUCUUUUAAGUUUCGUCAAUUGAUUGGUGGUUUUAGAUGUUUGGAGUCUUGUCAAUUGGAUCGAUUACCACCCGCAUUGUACUUUUCUAUGCAAAUGUUUGCGCCACUAUUUCAAAGUUGUACAGAAGGUGGCGAAAAGAUGGGGAAAAAAAAUCAUUUGACUACAUAGAUUUUAGAAUCACAAAAUCAGUGUGCUUCAGUGUUUUUUGUUAA